GAGACAGUACGAGAGGCUCACUCUCUCACAGUUCUCUCACUGCCAUGCUGUGCUCUCAGCUGUACCUCCUCAGCGUGUGAGAGGAGAAGGGUGGGUCCUGGGGUGAGCAGUGUGACCUCUGUGAUGGUCGCUCUCUCUGAGCUUGUGCUCUGCCAGCCUCCGGCAGCCUAGCCGGGCAGGCAGCGAGUUGCAGACGCCCAGCACAGACAUGGCACCGGACUGCAGAGGGGUUCUCCUCUCUGCCUUCGACUACAAGACGGAGAAGUACGUUAUCGCGAAGAAUAAGAAGGUCGGAGUUCUGUACAGACUCAUUCAGCUGACUCUGCUCGGCUAUAUCAUCGGCUGGGUGUUCGUGAUGAAGAAAGGCUACCAGGAGUCUGACGAAUCUAUUCAGAGUUCAGUCAUAACCAAAGUGAAAGGGGUUUUACUCACCAACACAUCAGGCACAGGACCACGGCUCUGGGGGCCGGAAGACUAUGUGAUCCCACAACAGGGAGAGGCUGUGCUUUUCAUAACCACAAACUUCUUGGAAACACCAAAUCAGAGAUUAGGCUACUGCGCUGAGAGUUUUAAGGUGUUAGAUGGCCGCUGUAGAGAGAACGGAGACUGCCCGGAAGGGGAAGCAGUCGUCGCUGGCAAUGGAGUCAAGACUGGACGCUGCUUGAAGAAAGACAGGAACUCUACUGGUACUUGUGAGAUAUACGGCUGGUGCCCCAUUGAAAGAAGCCACAGACCAGAUGUUCCUUUAUUAGGAAGAACUGAAAGCUUUACCAUAUAUAUAAAGAACUUCAUCAGGUUCCCCAAGUUUCACUUCUCAAAGUCAAAUGUCUUAGAGACAGCCACGGACACAUAUCUGAAGACGUGUUUGUAUGAUGAGGUUGCUCAUCCAUACUGCCCCAUAUUUGGCCUCAGAGAUAUUGUCCGCAGAGCCGGAUAUGAUUUUCAAGACAUGGCCUUGCUGGGUGGGUCAAUUGGAAUCCUUAUUGAGUGGCACUGUGACCUGGACAAAGGCUACUCAGAGUGCCAUCCCCGCUACACUUUCACACGGCUGGAUGUCAACGCCACACCCAACUCGGUCUCAUCAGGAUACAACUUUAGAUACGCCCGCUACUUCAAAAACGCUGCUGGAGAGACUCACAGAACGCUUUUAAAGGUGUAUGGGAUUCGCUUCGACAUCCUGGUCCACGGCAAAGUAUGCAGCAGAAAUUUGUACAGGACUGAACUGCUAUUAGGGCCUCUGUUAAGGAAAUCUAGCCAGUUGAACUCUUCUAACACAUUUGUGUUUUAUUUUCAGGCUGGAAAGUUUAAUAUAAUUCCCACAAUUAUAAAUCUAGGCUCUGGUCUCGCCUUAAUGGGUGCUGGAAGUUUUUUCUGUGAUAUGGUUCUUCUGUAUAUGAUGAAGAAGAGUACCCUAUACAGGGAGAGGAAGUUUGAAAAAGAUAACAAGAAUGGAAACAACAACAGAGACAGUGUAGAAGAGUCGGAAGAGCCUGUGAAACAGCCUUCAGAGGUGGAGCAUCUCACUGACCCAACAUCUGAUCAACGCACUGUGGGAACAACUCCAUUUUCCACAGAGCAACACGAUAAGCCAUCGGAGUGACAAACACAUCUGAUUGGCAGAUAAACGGAUCUACUGUGCACUGACGUUUGGCCAGCAGCCAUGAGAGCGCUUUACUGCAUCCCAAAGAGAACGCACUUUCCCCUGGUCACUCAUGUCCCUGUGUGGAGCCUCCUAUUCUUAAAGAGAGCGUAAGGACAUUUGACCACUAUGCAAAGUUGUCAGUCAUGCAAUACUGUGCUUACUUGAAGAUGGAAGCAAUAACAGCCAAAGAUGUGAUUUAAUGGUCACAUUUGUACCAUUUCUGUGUGUUUUCUAUGUUUAUUCCAGUUAAUAUGGAUGAUCAUGUGGUCUGGCACGCUGUUGGUUAUCACUCCUGCACUCUGACGUUUCUCUAAAUGCACCAAGUUAAAGACAUUGUAUUAAAUUUCUUAUUAGUGUCUCAAGAGGAGCAAAAUGUAACGCCUUUGCCAAAAAUACCAUCAAAUUCAUAUGAAUACUGCACUGAGUGAAUACCGAACAGGUACUAUUUUAAGAAAAUAAAUUAUGAAC